CUCCCUCGGGUCCGGGCGGGUCCGCCAUGCCUGGCGUCGUGCUGCGCGUCCCGGAGCGGCCCGCGGAGACGGAGGACGAGGGCGCCCGGCGGAACAAGCCCUCGGUCAGCUGGAGCCUGGCCGCGCCCGCCGCUCGCGCGCCCGCAGCCUCGUCCCCACGCGCCGGCCGCCCGGAGCAGCGCGUCUCGGCGCGUCCCCAGGUCACGUUCCUGCAGCCGCGCACCGCGCAGCCGCUCGUGCUCUUCAGCUUACUGAAUUCCAGUGAAGCAGCUGUGAAAAAACUUCUACCCAAGAGCCACUUAUCUCGAGUGAUUAUUCGGGACAACCUCAGUGCACAGCGAAUCUACGAGAUGGAGAUAAGAGCUUCUGACAAGACCAAGAGAAAGAUGGGCUACUUGCACGACCACCUGAAAAAGAAGUUCAUGACAGACCAGCUGAGAAAGCUGGGCCGCUGGAGACGGGAGUUCAUGAAUAUCCGCCUCUACCUGGACAGCAUCCGGCUGCACAAGAUCCCACCCAAGCCCCCUUCCAAGGGGAGAAGCCACCACGUCUAGUCCUGGCAGAACCUGUGGGACAUUUGCCCCCCAACCCCUGGAGCAAUAAACAACAGGCAGAGCGCAACCCCC